GGGCGGCACUAGGAUCCGGCGGCUCUCUCGGUGCGGGGAGGCGGCGCUAGGACCCGGCGGUGCUCCCCCACCCCGGGAGGGCGGCACUAGGACCCGGCCUGGGCGGGGGCAGCGGUUUCGGUAACGACAGCGGUAACGGUACCGGCAUCGGCAGCGAGCGGCGAUGUGAGCCCCGGUGCCGGCCAUGGCCGAGCCCGCUGCAGGGGCCGGGCAGCGCCCGCCGCCCGCGGGGCGCAGGAGGUGGCGGACUCCAUGAGAGCCCCCGGCAGGUGCUCGCGGGACGAUCGCUGUGUGCUGAGGCUGGCACGGAGACAUGAGUGGCAGCACGAGCCAGCGCGCCGCCGCCCUGGGGGUCCUCUUUGCCCUGAUCAUGUUGCUGAUCAUCUACAGCUCCGGCAACGGGAGCGAGGUCUUCCCCUACAGCCGCCUGCGGGGCAGAGCCCGCCGGCCCCCCGACCUCAAGAAGUGGGGGGUGAGAAGCGGGUACCUGCCUGUCUGCGGGAACAAGACCCUGACUGCCCGCUGCCACCAAUGCGUCAUUGUCACCAGCUCCAGCCACCUCCUGGGCACCCACCUGGGCACGGCCAUCGACGGGGCUGAGUGCACCAUCCGCAUGAACGAUGCUCCCACCACGGGCUACAGUGCUGAUGUGGGCAACAAGACCAGCUUCCGCGUGGUGGCCCACUCCAGCCUCUACCGUGUCCUCAAGCGGCCCCAAGAGUUCGUCAACAAGACCCCGGAGACCAUCUUCAUCUUCUGGGGGCCGCCCACCAAGAUGCAGAAGAGCCUCCUGAAGAUCAUCCAGCGCGUUUGCGCCUCGUUCCCCAACAUGACAGCCUACGUUGUCUCCCCCGGCCGCAUGAAGCAGUUUGAUGACUUGUUUCGGGGAGAGACAGGGAAGGACAGGGAGAAGUCUCGCUCGUGGCUCAGCACUGGCUGGUUCACCAUGGUGAUCGCGGUGGAGCUGUGCGACGCCAUCCACGUCUAUGGCAUGGUGCCACCCAGCUACUGCGGCCGCCACCCCCCGCCCCGCCGCCUGCCCUACCACUACUACGAACCCAAGGGCCCCGACGAGUGCACAACCUACAUCCACAACGAGCGGAGCCGCCGGGGCAACCACCACCGCUUCAUCACCGAGAAGAGGGUCUUUGCCAGCUGGGCCAACCUCUACAACAUCACCUUCUCCCACCCCACCUGGACCUAGGGGCUGCCCCAUGCCUGCUGGGCAGACCCCUGCAGCUGGGAUGGAUGGGGGCUCCCCUGCAUCCCCCUGGGAGUGGUGGGAUCCUGGCAUCAGGUGCCACCAAC